GAGAGAACUUUGCCCUAUGCGUCUAUCUGAUUCAUCGUCAUAGGUCACUCAACAUAAAGUCCGUCCGAGUGAAAUAGCUGAGUCAGACACGCAGAAUUCGAGAGGCCACAGCACUGACACAACAACAGGAGGAAGAACAAGAAGAAAGCGAAGGAAAAAAAUAAGUGGGAUAUGGAGACAACAUCAUCACUAAUAAAGUCUGUGACCAGGCGGGUGUGGUCGUCGGCCCCUGCCCAUCAGAGACCGUUCAGGGUGUGUUCCCAUGACAGGGGCACCAGGAAGGGCAUCACAGCAGGAACCCUAGAGGAGCUGAGAGAAAGGGUGUGCCAGGCCUUGAUGCUGUGCUUGUCCAGUCUGGCUGUGGUGCUUGUGUGUGAGGAGGAUGGGACAGUGGUGGACUCUGAAGACUUCCUGAUGUCUCUGCCAGACAACACUGUCCUCAUGGCCCUAGAACCUGGACAGACAUGGAAAACCCCUCCAGGUGCAACGCUGUCUAAAGGCCAGGACCCCAACCAGCCGCGGACAGGAAGGGACAUAGCCUGCGUGACCUUUGACCUGUACCGGCAGAACCCCAAGGACGUGUUUGGCUCCCUGAACGUGAAGGGCACCUUCUCAGGCCGGUACUCCGUCAGCGCCGACUUCAAAUGUCUGGGGCCCAAGAAAGUCCUCAGAGAGGCCCUCCGUGUGGCCUCCACCCUCCUCCAGGCGGCAGGUCACAUGUUGAUCACCUCAGCCAAUCUGAUCAAGCGGAUCAUCGAGGGAGCAGAGUUCUGGCAGCCCAAGAGGGCGGAGGUUGCAGAGUACUGGAACUGAGACAGUUGAGGCUAGUAUUGAGUCUAUGUACAGGUCCAAUCCUAACACGAGAGCUGAAGUUAGGACAUGGCCCUAUAAACUCUUGCUCUAGGGUCAAUGAAGAAGAGAUCCAAUGUUUAUUAAAGCUGAACACAACCACACUUGUAGUAAUGGCAAUCGCUACAGCGCAACAUUCCAAUUUUUUUAUGUCUAUUGAAUUUUAAAUACUGUACUAUGUGUAUGAUUUGCGUUAUGCAAGGUUGUGAUGAAGCUACAGUGAGGGGAAAAAAGUAUUUGAUCCCCUGCUUAUUUUGUAUGUUUGCCCACUGACAAAGACAUGAUCA